CGACUCAACACAUCCAACGACUCAUCGAUCCAACGACUCAUCGAUCCAACGACUCAACGAUCCAUCAAUCCCUCCCCCUUCCUUCUAGCCUUGCCCCCGCACCAACACCACCAUGUUUGAAAAGGGCGUUGUUCCUCUCUCGGGCGACCGUCUCAACGGCAAGGGUCUCCGCGUUCUGAUCGUCCACACUCGAUGGAACCUCGAGAUUGUCCAGGCCCUCGUGGAGGGCACCCGCUCAACCCUGGAGCAAAACCACGUCAGCGAUAUCGAUGUGGUCGACGUCCCGGGCGCCUUUGAGCUCCCCUUUGCGGCCAAGCGUCUGAUCGAAGCCUCGAAGCAAAGCGCUCGGCCCUACGAUGCAGCCGUGUGCAUCGGCGUCCUCAUCAAGGGCUCGACGAUGCACUUUGAGUACAUCUGUGAGGCCACGAGCCAAGGCAUCAUGAACGUCGGGCUGCAGACGGGCUGCCCCGUCAUAUUUGGGGUCCUGACAUGUCUCAAUGACGAGCAGGCUCACGAGCGUGCCGGCAUUGGUCGUGGCAGCUCCAAGGGCCACAACCAUGGUAUCGACUGGGGACAGGCCGCCAUCGAGAUGGCUCGUCUGGGCAAGACCCAGAACUAGAAUGGUCUCGAGGUCGAUGUCCGCAUCCCGCCCCGCCAUAGCACCGGAAAUAAGAGAGUGGCGAGUCGUCAUCGACAGAACGAGCACCCCCGUCUGGCACGCGAUAGUCCACCAUCAAUACAACGGUCAUUUUGAGUUGCAUCUCUGAAUCCCGAGCCCACACUGCCUUUGAAAACAAACAAUAACAG